AUGUCAGUCGGGAAUAAGACAAACGACAGAAAAGGGUAUACGCAACACCUAGCACUAGGGCACGGCUCUCGAAGUCAGGAGCGGGACGCGUACGGCAACGAGGUGGGGGUGUCGGCCCGCCGCGUGCCCGUGGCCUACCUGCUGGUGGACGUGCCGGUGGGCGUGGCGCGCCACAGCGGCGCCCCGCCCGCGCCCCCCGCCGCGGCCGCGCCGCCGCCCCACUCGCUGCGCGCCCUGCACCACCACGUGCAGGCCUCGCCCUCCUUCCUGGAGGCGAUGUCGGAGCUGCCCGUGCUGCUGUACCUGUGCAGCAACGAGGCGCUGCCGCUGCCGCUGGAGUGCGUGCAGCCGCUGCUGGAGGCGGUGCGCCUUGGCGACGCGGCGGCGGCCGAGCAGUGGCGCGCCGCGCCGCAGCCCGCCACGCUCUUCCAGCUGGCAAGGGCCGCCGCCGACGCGGACGCGCCGCACGGGGCGGCGGGGGGCGUGUGGACUUGCGCGGUGUGCACUUACCACAACGCGGCCAACCUGCGCGCCUGCGAGAUGUGCGCAAUGCCCAGGAACGACGGCAUG